AUGGGUGAAUCAAUAGUUGCUGCCUCGUGGAAUGAUGGAGAUAAGACAGUUACGAGUGCCUCAAAUCCUGGUCUGGAAGUGUCGGUUUCUUUUGGGCGAUUUGAGAAUGAUUCAUUGUCGUGGGAGAAAUGGUCGACCUUCUCUCCAAACAAGUAUUUGGAGGAAGUCGAGAAGUGUGCUACGCCUGGAUCUGUAGCUCAGAAGAAAGCUUACUUUGAAGCCCAUUACAAGAGGAUUGCUGCCAGAAAGGCUGAAUUGUUGGAUCAGGAGAGAGAGCUGGAGCAGCAGAGGGAAAUGGAGCAGCAGCAAAUCUUGAGGUCAGGUGAUCAGGGUGGUGGAGAUCUAGUGGAAAGUGGUUGUGAGGUGGGCGAUCAAUAUUAUGGUGGGAAUUCUGAUCCAGGGUUUAUGCCAGAGAUUGUUAAAGCAAAUGAGUCUGACGAUGAGCAUGAUUAUGAUGAGCAUGGUGAAGAUCCUCCAAUGGAUACUCAACCUCUAGUCAAUUCAGUUAAAGAGGUAAGGGAGGUAGAAGGACUUAAUGGAAGCACGGAAAGCUCCGAACUAUACAAACAGGAACUGGCUGCUUCAGUUGAGAAGCCAGAAAUUCAACCAAUUGAAUCUCAAGAAGUGAAGGAGGAAGAGAGCUUGGCAGCAGCAGCAAUGAAAGAGCAAAGUGUGAAGUUGGAUCAUAAGCCUGAAAGUUCUCCUGUAAUGAAGCAGCAGAAGGUGAAAUUGCAUCAUCAGACAAAGCCAUCUCCAAAGGUCACUCCAAUGAACAAGGUGAAGGAGACGCCAAUUGUGAGGAAGAAACCGGCAUCGCCUGCUAAUCAAAGGCCCCAAAGCUAUACUCCAAGAGUAACGAAGCCAGUGUCAGCUACUGGUCCUAUGUCUUCUUAUUCACGGUCUUCCACAAAGAAGGCCAAUUUGACUUCAGUACCAAAGAGCAAAAGUCCAGUUACAGUUGAAAAGAAGAGAGUGGCUCCUAAAUCCUUGCAUUUGUCUAUUAAUGUGGAUACUCCAAAAUCUGAUCCACCGCCUCGUGCGCCUGCUCUUGCUUCAACCGCAAGAAAGUCAUUGAUUAUGGAAAAAAUGGGUGAUAAGGACAUAGUGAAACGGGCAUUCAAGACAUUCCAGAACAGUUACAACAAAUCGUCUCCACAUCAGGAAAUGACUUCUGGAGCUAAGCAGGUGGCGUCAACCAGGUCAGAAGUUAAAGUUUCCAAUUCUACAACACCAAGGAGAGAGAAUGGAGGAUCUUACAAGGCGGGUGAUGCAGAUAAAAGAUAUGCCAAGGCAGCUCCAUCGUUUGGCUUGAAAAGUGAUGAAAGGGCAGAGAGAAGGAAGGAGUUCUUAAGGAGACUGGAAGAGAAGUCUAGUGCUAAAGAGGCAGAAAGUGUGCGCCUUCGAACGAAAUCCAAGGAGGAGAAAGACGCAGAGAUAAAGAAACUGAGGCAAAGUCUAGCCUUCAAGGCGACACCAAUGCCAGGUUUCUAUAAGGGGCAGAAAGCAAUGAAAGGCUCAUUCGAUAAGGAGGGUUCAAAAACACUCAAGAUAUAG